CUUGGCUCCGCGCACGCUCUCACUCGGUGGCCCUGAGCGCUUGGGAUUUUUGCAUACUGGUGCAACCCAGCUCUUGGGGUUCCUGGGGUGGGAGCCACUCAGAGAGAGCCAGCACGGGGUGAGAAGGGACGGCGAGAAAGGAGGUGUUAGAAAAACACAAAUCGAUAUUUGGUAGUUUUUGUUUUAAGGUACAUCCAAAGCUCUGAAGAGAGGGGCUUUGGGCGUAGGAAAGUCACUUUUGUACAGAUUUCAUAUGAAGAAAGAAAAGAGACCCGUCAAGGACUCAGCACCGAACCAAAUGAACACCAACAUAUUGGACACCAUCGUCCCUUCCAUGCGGGACCUGAGCAAGCCGGUGCUGCGUACUCUUCGUACUCUUCGGUCGCUGAGCCAGGAGGAAGUGUCUACUAUCUGGGGGAAUGUGUCAGAAUUUGUGCAACGACAGCUAUCCCUACAAAAGGGUGUUCAGAUUCCAGGGCUUGGAACUUUUACUUUCAUGAGACAAAAAAUUGACGUGGGAAACAACAAGUUUAUUCUGAUUCAGAGACCCAUAUUUAUCAUGGCAGAGAAGUUAGUACGGACCCAUGAACUCAAACAAAACAAAACAUACAUUCCUGGUGAUAUUCCCGUUGUUCCACUUAAUUUUGUCACGAUAUCCCUGCAGGGUCCAUUUAGCAGGGAUACAGUGGAAAGCUGUGUGAAAGAAACUUUGCUUUUUUUAUCACGAUCCAUUUCCACCAAACCAAAUGUGGAGUUUACUUUCAAAGGAAUCGGGAUCCUCACGAUUAAAGGCGGCAAAGUGAAGAUGAGAUUUUAUAAGGACUUCCUUUCUAAAAUGGAUGGAACUGGGGCUUUGGCAGAAGCCCUCACAAAUAGGCCUGGCACUGUGGACUCCGUGUUGUCCAGCAGAGAGAGCUCAGAGAAGCAAUCCAAGUGUGGGUGUGCAUUUCCAAGGAUUGAGAUCAAGACGUUGGACAAAAAACCACCUAUGGAGACCAUUGUAGAGGAAGAUGAAAAUGAAAUGAAUGGACAAGAGAAGUGCGAAUUAAAAGACCAUCCAAGCAAAGAAGGCGUCAGAGAGAUCAUAACACACAAGAGACUUCGAGAAAAACAUGCUCUCUCUCCUUUCAAAGUGACAAACAUCAGCUUUCCAAACACGGCGGAGCAGAGUGUUAGUGGUGGUAAGAGUGUGAACUGCGAAAGCUUAUCAUCUCCACAUUAUUUGAAAGAUUACAAUAAAAUGAAGCAUAACAUUUCUCCAGCCACUGGUUGCCAGGAUCAUACUAAGGCAGGGCAGGAAUUGUGUUAUGUGUGUUUGCAACGAGCGCUGCGCAAUUUGUCACGACACCACAGCAGUGAGAGGAAGAGAGGGGAGAGAGAAAUUGAGCAACACAUUCGGCAGUAUCAAAUGAUGAAGGAUCAAGAGGAGCUCCAGAAACACCAGAUGAGAAAUCUGGCUAAUAGAGCACAGAAUCAAAAAAAUGCUGCCUAUAAUCUUGGAGUUGCUGAAGCUAUAAGAAUCCACAAGAAGGAGAAACCUGAAUUUUGUAAAUCUUUCCUAUUUGAUAAACGGCCACUCAGUUCUGAGAUUAAUGCUUUUAAACAAGAAGAAUAUUCCCAAAGUCUCCUGAAACAAAUGGAUAACAGACGGGAAAAGCAAAUAAAGCAAAGACAAAACAGAGAGCUGAUGGGCCGCCUAGAACAAAAGCAUCUCACAGAGGAACUUGAUGCACAGAGAGCCAAAUACAUCAGAGAUAAGAUGGAAGACACCCAGUGUUAUAAGAGAGCUUUGGAUGCACAGAUAAAGAAUAAAUCCAUGCAAAUGUCCACGUUUGAGCCAGAGCCUUGUGAACCCAUCUUUGCUAAGGAUGAGAGUGAAAUGAUGGUGCAAAAGCGAAAGCGAGACCAGAAAUACAUGAAGCACCAGAUGGAGACCGCUGCUAGCCAGAAAAGAAGAACCAUCCUGCAGCACCUGGUGGGCCAGAAGCAGGAUUUGCAGCUGCUUCAGAGGACACAAAAAGAAAACCUGGCAGACAGAAAGGCUGAGAUGGAGCGGGUGAAGAGAAUGAACGAGAGCUUGCUGAAGGACUGGGAAAGGAGCAUCGCAAUGAAGAAACAGCGGGACAUGGAGGAGAAGGCUUUCCAGCGGUCUGCAAACAAGCUCUUUAUCCUGGACCAGUGCGAGAGAUAUUUGCGCUGCAAGCAGUGCCAGAGGAGCACCAACAAUAAGGGCAGGAGCAACGUGUGGCCAUUCAACCAGCACCUGCCUGGCUCGCGGUUCUUUUCAUAAAACCCACCGCUUGGAUCUA